AUGAAAUACCAUAUAUAUGUCAUUCUUCUUCUAUUCUACACAAUAAACGCAGAAGAUUAUAAAGAGGAAGAGUACGAUGGAGAUACAAGUUCGUCAGUUGAUUCUGAGAGUAAUGAAGUUUUUAACAAGAGUUUAUCGCAAAAACCAAAACGGGAUUUUAAAGAAAUGAAUGAAACAAAACUAAAUGAAAAACCUAUCAAACUAGAAAAUAAAAAUGAUAUGAAAAAAUCAAGCUAUCCAUAUGCUGUGUCGAUACAAAGGAGGAACUCGCAUUUUGCGUCUGGAGCUCUUAUUGACUCCAAAUGGAUUUUAUCUGCAGCUGGGGAGUUUUAUAAUAUCAGAGAAGCAAUCAAACAACUCAGGGUCCGUCUCGGCACUUUUAACUACAAGAAGGGUGGUGUUCUAAUGGCUUUGAAGGGCAUCGAGAUCCACCCCCUUUACUCCUAUCAGCAACCAAACUAUGACCUAGCCUUACUAAAGCUGGCUCAGCCAGUGACUUAUAGUGCUCAAAUCAAGCCAAUACCUAUAUCGACGGAGGCAGGAGAAGUUGUUAGUGGAAAGUUCAUCGCCACUUAUUGGCCAAGGCUUAUUCCGGAUGUAGGCGCACCAAUAAUAGCUGACGACCUUCUCUGGGGAAUAACUUCGGGUUGGCUUUCUGACUCAUGCGCUAGUGAAUCUAGUCCUACACUCUUCACGAGACUUUCCGAUGAAAAUGUCAAGUUCUGGCUCAACUCAAUACGAGAUAUAGCUAUUUAG